UUCCGGUCCAGCUGUGGGACGUGAUGAUGAUGAUGAUGAGGACCCACCCCCCAAGACGGGACAGGCCCACACAGCAGAACCUCCACAGGUGACACUUGAUGAGGACCCGCCAGGUCCAGGACGGAGCAGCUAGAUCCAGAAAGCCCGACCAGGACGACCAACUGAUUGGAGUCUUUGAAGAUCUGCCGGCGUGUUUGUUGGCUCCUGCACGACAGGACAGGACCGGACCGGACAGGACAGGACAGGACAGGCCAAGACAGGACCGGACAGGACAUAACACCUGUGGAUCCUUCACGCGUGGCUGCAAUCAUGUCCUCCAGCAGUCCUGACGGAGCCCACUUCCAGGACUGGUGCCUGAGGACUUACGGGGAGUCCGGCAAGACCAAGACCGUCACCCGGCGCAAGUACGCCAAGAUCCUGCAGAGCCUCCUGGCGCAGGAGGGCGACGACAAGAACCGCAUCAACGCCAAGUUCAAGUUCUGGGUCAAGUCCAAAGGAUUCUUGGUCGGCACGCUGCGGGACCACAAGACCGGAACCAGCCAGACUCCCGUUCUUUAUGUGCCUGUCAAGACCAUGGGUGUGGAGGCGGGGCCAGGCGUUGACUCCUCCCUGAAGCGCGUGGCGGUGGUGGAGGACUUCUAUGACAUCAUCUACACCAUGCAUGUGGAGGUCACGCCCCCGGGGAAGACUCCCAAACAUGCUGGGCAGAAGAAGACUUACAAAGCUAUCUCAGAGACGUACGCCUUCCUGCCCAGGGAGGCGGUGACUCGCUUCCUGAUGAGCUGUGGCGAGUGUCAGAAGAGGAUGCACAUCAGCAGCACGCCACUCACACACACAGAGAGCUUGGCGUCGGCCAUGAUGGACUUCGGCGCUUCCGUCAGCAAGCGGGGGGAAGACAACCACCUGGAUGACGCCUCAGUGAGCAGCGAGGACGACCCGCCCGACAUGAGCGAGCCCUCCUGGCUGGCGGCCGCAGCGCCGUCCCAGCUGAGCCCGGCGGGACGAGGCCACGGGACGCGCCCCAACACCGCCGGCAACAAGGACGACGACGAUGAUUCCUCGUCCGAGAGCGUUGGCGGCCUGCCCGCCCUCACCCCUCCCUCGUCCGCCGCCACGGACGCCGCCGUAGUCAGAGAGGCUGAGGUCGUCAACGGCGACUGUGGCCCCGCCCCUCUGGACUUCAGCACGCCGACGUCGUCGUCCUCGCCCUCCGAGGACCAGCAGCCCGUCAACCUGAGUGACACGCCCCCUCAGAGGAUGGCGCUGAUCGCCGCCCACCUGCCCGUCACCGUGUCGGCGGCGGCGGCGGCGCUGCUGGGCGCCUUGCAUCCCAACGCGCAGGAGGAGCUUCGCAGGAAGUACCCGCUGGCCGCCAAACCUCCGCCGGCGCCACAUCCCGCCUUGCCCGGUCCGCUCAACCACACGCCGCACACGCACGCCUCCACAGGCAGCGAGCUGCCACUGGACUACGGCAACAAGUCUCCGGUGUACAGUUCCGGGGGCAGCUACGACAGCGUGAAGAUGGACGUGAGCGCGGAGGACCUGAGCACGGGCCGCCACCACCACCAGGUCGCCCCCGACGACGACGACGACGAUCACGACGAGCACGACGACAGCGACAAGAUCAACGACACGGAGGGCGUCGACCCCGAGAGGCUGAAGGCCUUCAAUAUGUUUGUGCGUCUGUUUGUGGACGAGAACUUGGACCGCAUGGUGCCCAUCUCCAAGCAGCCCAAGGAGAAGAUCCAGGCCAUCAUCGAGUCCUGCAGCAGACAGUUCCCAGAGUUCCAGGAGCGAGCUCGCAAGCGCAUCCGCACCUACCUCAAAUCCUGCCGCCGCAUGAAGAAGAACGGCAUGGAGACCCGGCCCACUCCACCCCACCUGACCUCAGCCAUGGCGGAGAACAUCCUGGCUGCCGCCUGCGAGAGCGAGUCACGCAACGCCGCCAAGAGAAUGCGCCUGGAGUCUUAUCACGACGAGCAGAUUUCUGUGGACAAGGGCGGUGGUGGCGGUGGCGGCGGUGGCGGCAACGGUGGUGGCGGCGGCGCUCUGAGGGAGCCGGCGUCGUUAGCACACUCCGCCUACUCUCUGGCCGCCUCCGCCUUCUCCAACCAGGAGCCUCAGCUCUACAUCAAUGGAGCCGGCCUCAGCUACGGUUACCGUGGUUACCUGGGCCUGAGCGCCGCCAUGCAACACCCCGUCUCCAUGACGACCGGCGCCGCCGCUCAGAGCAACGGACCCACAGACCUCAGCAUGAAGUCCUCAGCCAGCCUCACUAGCUCCGCCUCCUCAACCAACCACUGCCUGGGCGGGCGCGGCGGUAGCGGCGGGGGAGGAGGCGGGGCCUCGGCCCAGCUCAGCCAACCGGAGAUCUCGGCCGUGCGUCAGCUGAUCGCCGGCUACCGGGAGUCUGCCGCCUUCCUGCUGCGCUCGGCCGACGAGCUGGAGAACCUCAUCCUGCAGCAGAACUGAAGAUCACACACACACACACACACACACACACAUACACACACACACUUUGAUGGCUUUGUGUCUUUUUUGUUGGCAUGAAACUUUCCAUCAAUACAAGACACCGCCAUUCCUACAAGCUUUGUUAUGGAAGGCGGGCACUAGGACCCUGAGGGCGGGCUUUGGGACCCCAAGGACGGACAGUAAGGGGCUAAGGUCAGGCACUAGGACCCUGAGGGCGGGCUUUGGGACCCCAAGGACGGACAGUAAGGGGCUAAGGUCAGGCACUAGGACCCUGAAGACGGGCUUUGGGACCCCAAGGAUGGACACUAAGGACCUGAGGGCGGGCACUAGGACCCUGAGGGCUCCUCCUCUGCUGCUCACAAUCAGCUCACCUAACCAACGGACGCCACCUGGUCGCCGCCAGAUGAUUGGACGUGGCGUGUGCGUGUACAUAAAUCUAUAAAUAGAAGCGCUCUGUGUCCGAUAGCACUUUGCCCCGCCUACUUAAUAUGCAUCCCGGACCGCCAUCAUGACCAGACCAGGAAAUACCUCAAUCACCCACUUCCUGUUUGUGCGGCUGUAAAUAGAUGACCAGGAAGACGCGUGUGCGGGCGAAUAUGAUAAUUAGCGUGUUGACGACCUCCAACUGUUCAAAGCCCCGCCUCCUUUUCCCUCUUCUCGGACCUCCUUCUUCUUCUUCUUCUUCAUGGACCUAAAGCUAAGGAAGAGGAAGUAGUGACUAACGUUGCUGCUAACAACCGUCGGCCAUAGACUGACCUCUGACCUCUGACCUCCACCUUUAACCAAAAUUCACCUAAGUUGACUUUUUAUUAUUAGCAGUUAGCUGUGUGGCCAAUGAGCACCCUCCAUUUUGCCUUCAUAAGCCACGCCCCCGAUCAAGUUUCGCUUUCGAUCACGAAGGUUAGCUUUUUUUACUUUGGAGUACGACGUUUUAGUGACAAAGAUGGCUGUCUUUUCUUUUUGUUAUUCAAAUAAAACCAAGGUGUGAUUAAAAUAAAAAAGCCAAAUGAAGGAGGA